UGAUUAAUAUUCACCUAAGUUUGUUUCACUUUUAGGCAAAAGCAACGACCAUAAAAGAAGCUCUAGCCAGAUGGGAAGAGAAAAGUGGACAGAAGGCUUCAGAGGCAAAGGAAGUGAAACUGUAUGGGCAGGUUCCUCCUGUGGAAAAGAUGGAUGGUGCUCUCUCUGCUCUUGUUAACUGCGAGAAACUGUCACUGUCUACAAAUUGCAUUGAUAGAAUCGCCAACUUGAACAACCUAAAAAAUUUGAGGAUACUGUCUUUGGGAAGAAAUAACAUAAAGAACUUGAAUGGAUUGGAGGCAGUUGCUGAAACUUUAGAGGAGCUGUGGAUCUCAUACAACUUAAUUGAGAAACUGAGGGGUAUCCGUGUAAUGAAGAAACUGAAGGUUCUUUAUAUGUCAAAUAAUUUGGUGAAAGACUGGGCAGAGUUUGUGAGACUGGCAGAGCUGCCAGUACUAGAGGAGCUGGUGUUUGUAGGAAAUCCACUACAGGAGAAAUUUGCCACUGAUCAGAACAGCUGGAUUGAAGAAGCAACCAAACGGGUACCCAAGCUGAAAAAGCUGGAUGGUACCUUAGUUGUUAAAGGAGAAGAGGAAGAAGGAGCAGAAGGAGCAGAAGGAGCAGAAGGAGCAGAAGGAGGAAACUGAUGACACUUUCUUGUUGGGUAUUAAAUUAUUAAAGUAACUCCAGAUAGCUUGGCACAUAAACUUUUAUAAAAGUAUGUUUUGAAGAAAAUCUUUGGGAAGUUUUUAGAAGACCAGCUUAUCUCCACAGUCUCUCACCCAAAGAGUUAGUUACCAAAAAUUGCUCACACUGGUUUUGUCAAGCUUAUGACACCUUCUAUAGAGACUAGUGGAGCUGAGUUUACAUGCUGUUUGGCUAGCAAAAAUUUAUUUAAAUUAAUACAUAGCUAUUUUUAAUUCCUGAUUAGUGGUGCUUGUUGUUCACUCUUGGGUUAUAAAAGAAACAUUUUAGCUUAUUUGGUGCUGCUGGCCAACAUUGAAUUGGAAACUCUGAGGCCAAAAAAACCAUGUUGUGAUUUAGAAAUACCUGACAAGCUUUGUUGUGUUUAAUUUUGUCACGGGACUUUCUCAAUAUUUUUAAUAUGGGAGUUUGCCUUUUCAUUCCUUGAAGUCAAACAGGGUCAGUAGUUGCAGACAUACGCACAAAAAGGUAUUGGUCUGAUGAGUGCUUGUUCCUGGCCUUAGGUCUUGAAAUGGGCUUCUCACAUUGGAACUCAACUGCAUUGCUUAGGAGGCCAUGUAUAACUUAUAUAUUUAUUUAUUUUUAAGAGGCAGUGGGAAUUCUUUGCAUGGUUUCAGUAAGACUAAAAUACCUACUAACUUUGGGGCUUGUCUCUUACUAAGAAAUUACUUUAGAUUGGAAUAUGUGGCUUAUUAGCCUACAGCUGGUUUCUGGCUUUGGAUUGGGUCCUGGUGGACAUAAUCCUUCUCAGUUCUGGAAUCUUCCUAUAAUGAAGUAGGCUGAUAGUAACAGAGAAUCUAACAGCAAACAGAAGACCUGGGCUCAAGGACAUAAAAUUUUGGUUUGGGGAUACUCAUUUUUUGUGAAAGCACAGGUAUAAGCAGUAAGAAAAGCUAUAUGUAGUUAGUGGGGAUGGUGAGAUGAGGUGAGGUGAGGUGAGAUGAGGUGAGAUGAGAUGAGAUGAGAUGAGAUGAGAUGAGAUGAGAUGAGAUGAGAUGAGAUGAGAUGAGAGAAGAGAAGUGGGCAUUGGUAAAAAAAGUAUUGAAGAGGUACUGAAUGUGCUAUAUUGCAGGGUAAUCAGUUACCAGCUCCUUAUGUGGCUAUUUCUAGUGAAAAGCAUUAAACAACGAUGAAGACAUACCUGAUUGCACUGUGGGAUGACAAUAGAGAGUUUUUUCUUUUUGAAGAACAGAUGGAGUCAUCCGAGUAGAUUUUUCUGCAGUUUCUUUUUGUUUUUUUAACAAGCUUUUCUUCUAAUUUGUGGUACUACCUUUUUUUAAAUUGAAGUGGGAACGAGUGUAUCUGUUGGUUCCAGCCCAGCCAUAGAAGGAAUGGGGGCAGAAUGCAACUCUUAGUUAUUUUGUUCGUGAAGGUGUGGCAGGAGUUGAAAUCUUAGAAGUUCAGAGAUGAAAUGGUGGAAUUGGCCCAGGCAACAGUGGUACUGAUCUCAAGCUCCAGGUAUAAUUGCAGUAGGCGAUUCUCUCUAAUCAGUUUCUAAGUGAACACUGUGAAGUAAAUGAUUAGAAGACAAUCACAGUUUAGUUUCAAUAUAUUGUUUCUUAAUCUGUGAUUAUUAGAGGAAUUGUAAAGCAUUCCAAUUUAAGUUGACAUUUUCUGAAGAGGUUUGAGUUUGAUUUGGAUCCAUUACUAAAAGUAAGGUCAAGAGCACAAUGGUAAAAACUCUGGACUCUUCACCCAGCACAAACUAUUUCCAGGCACCUGUUCUCUUUACCAGAAACUACAUUCUUAGUUAGCUAGUUCACUGGAUUUAGACAACUUCAUUUUCAUUUGUUAUUUCUUUAGAAGUAUUCUCCUAGCUUUAUCAUGAGUAAAGGCAGCAUUGACCAAGAAGCACCAUGGAGGAGUAUCUACAGUCAGCAAUCAUUUCACAUGUCUUUUGAAGCCAAGCCACUCCGUUCACUUGCAGCCAAGCACUCUUGGCAAGGUGGGUGUGCUUGGGCAGUACAGAGCUCGUGGCACACUUAGGCCCUGCUGGCCCCAUCUGCUGGGGGGGCCCACAGGGGACUGACUGUGCCCUUGAUGACUGUAAAGUGUGGCUCAUGUGAGCCAGAGUUUGACCAACUCAAAACUUGCCUUCAGAAUGUUCCCAACAAGCAGAAAUGCCAAAUUCAUCUCUUUGUUUGGAGAUAUUUUCAGAAUAGACCACGUGGUGCCCUUCUCCUAGUACUUGGCCACAAAGAAAAGUGGUUGAAGCUGUGGACCUGGUCUCUCCCAGCACAGCUGCAAGACUGGUGUGUAUGGCUGGCUUAGCUCCACACGAUUGUGACAGUAGGAAAAGGGAAUGAUGAGCACAGUCCAAUGCCAAGUAAUCCUGCUGAUUGAUUCUUUAAAUAUGGCCUAAGUGUAUACAUUUCUGAAGUUAUGUUAGAUACAACAAAUACUCUACACUUUGGCUAUACUGGGGCAUUCUGAGAGCAGAAUAGAAACUUAGUGUUCUGACUAUGCUGUAACAAUUGAAGUGAAACACAGGUCCAUUGACAAGUUGUGAGGGAUAAGAGCAGCUCCUGGCUCUCAUAAGUGAUCAGUAGAGGCUACAUCUAUGGGAAUCAGUCCAAAACUCUUGUAGGUGAUGCUAGAGCUGGGUGGAUUGUGGGGCCCACUGGUGUUGGUGCUUUCCACAGAUGAAAUGGCACAAAUUCUCUAGCUCUUUUCUUUGGGGGCUGCAUGAUAAAAACCAACAAGAAAGGAAAAAAAAAUCAUUAUUGAAGGAAGGGGGCAUCCAGUCUUAGCAUAUAAUUUAAAACCCUUUUGAUAAAAACUGUGUGUCAGUCUCAUUGAAGCAAUAUAGUAAGAAAAGAAUUGACAGUGGCUUUUGUUUGUCAGGAGAUGCUUCAUCUUGAAGCUGGUAGCUUCACUUUACCUUGGUUUGCCUAAUGAGUUGUGAUUACUCUCAAGAACAAAAAAAAAACCCCAAACGUUUUCUCCUCCAAAGUAAAGUUUCCCUAAAUUCUUAAAUUUGCACUUUAAAAUUAGGCACUGGAUGUGGUGGAAGAACUAGAAAGGUGGAAGAAUUAAAACUGCUGGUUUGUGUAUUGGUGGUGCUACAUGAUGUUAUGUAUAAGGUGACAGUGACACCUUGGCCUGUGUGCCCACAGGGAGAGUGGAGUGAGAUGCUGGAAGGCCUGGCUUUCACUUGUACACUCUGCUGUUCCCUAUCACACCACAUCCAGUGAAGCGGAAGCACACUAUUAUUCAUGGAUGAAAAGAGCACCCAUGUAAAAUGUGCAAGCCAUGUGGAAUUCUGCUUUUCCCAGUGAAGUUACAGAGGACUAGCAUCCACUUUAUUCCUUAGAGAAAUAUCCUAAAAUUAAAUUAGUGGUAGGAACUAGCUAGGUUUUUUGCUUGUUUGUUGGCACACUUACUUGUCUUCAAAGAGCUGAUUGAUGUAUGCAGUGAUUAUUGAGAACUGAUGGGAAUAUGACAGAAAAGACCUGAGAACCAGCAGAUGACUCAGGUUACACUAGAAGUAAGCUCAUCUAGAAAAACUUCCAAGCAAGAGAGCACUUUUAACAUCCCCUUUGGCAAUCUUUUGUAUACAGUAAUUUUGUAGCAUGAAAAACUGUUAAAUUUGCUGUGUUUAAAUUAUUUAGGCCUAUGUUUAUGUUAUUCUGUGAAACUUGUUCAAAAAUAAUAUAACCUUAUUUUAUACAAAUGUCUUUGGCUGAUGUGUUAUGAAAUAGUUCAGCUUGUGAAGAGUAUUUGGAAACUAAAUUUUGUUCUCAUUAAACUUUCCUAGCUGCUCAGGAAGCAAUGUA